GGCGUGGCUCCAGGAGGCCGCGCCCCCUCUCCCUCGCCCUCUCUCGCGGGUCGGGGUUACAUGGCGGCGACUGCGGCAAAGCGAGAGCCUCGGAGACGCCGCUGCCGCCAGCACAGCCGGAGACCUGAGCCGACACUGGGGGCUGCCCGCGGGUCCCGCACUCCCUCGAUGACUCGGAGAAGUACCGUUGUAUCGGAGUAAGAUGGACGGUAGCUUUGAUUGUGAUUGUGGUGAGCUGGAACCACCUGAUCACUAACAAAAGACAUCUUCUGUUAACUAACAGCUGCCAAGGCUUCCUGUUGAAAAAUACAGCAACAAAGGAAGAAAAGAAGCAAAACGGAAAUAGUGCUUACCAGCACCUUAGAACGAUGCUGCUCAGGACCAGUCCAACACUGAAUGUAUCUGCACUGUGAGGAGAAUGUUCAUAGAAGCCUGUUGUGUGCAUAUUUAUUCACAUUUUUGUUAAAUGUUAAAUCGUUUAGCACAGUAAAUCUGAGUGCAUAGUAUGUCAUUUCAUUCCGUUUGAGUUUCUUGAGUGUUUUCUUUAAGUGUCUGCAGAGUUGCUGCCCCUUUCUUGAACUAUGAGUACUGCAAUCUUUUUAAUUCUCAAUAUGAGGAGAGCUUUUUGAGCUUUAAGUAAAUCUAAAGGGGAACUCAACAGGCCUGGUUGGCAUAUGCAAUGAACAUCAAGAAACCAUCUUGCUGUGGAAGCAAAAUUAUUUUUCUUCUCCCUUUUUGAAAGAUCUUUCCUUUUGAUGCCAGUUUUCUUCCUUGUUUACACAAGUUCAACAAUUCGAAAGGAAAAGGCAAUAGUAAAGGUUUCAAAAUGGCAGAGAAAUUUGAAAGUCUCAUGAACAUUCAUGGUUUUGAUCUGGGCUCUAGGUAUAUGGACUUAAAACCAUUAGGUUGUGGAGGCAAUGGCUUGGUUUUUUCUGCUGUAGACAAUGACUGUGACAAAAGAGUAGCCAUCAAGAAAAUUGUCCUUACUGAUCCCCAGAGUGUCAAACAUGCUCUACGUGAAAUCAAAAUUAUUAGAAGACUUGACCAUGAUAACAUUGUGAAAGUGUUUGAAAUUCUUGGUCCUAGUGGAAGCCAGUUAACAGACGAUGUGGUCUCUCUUACUGAACUGAACAGUGUUUACAUUGUUCAGGAGUACAUGGAGACAGACUUGGCUCAUGUGCUGGAGCAGGGCCCUUUAUUGGAAGAGCAUGCCCGGCUUUUCAUGUAUCAGCUGCUACGUGGGCUCAAAUACAUUCACUCUGCAAACGUACUGCACAGAGAUCUCAAACCAGCUAAUCUUUUCAUUAAUACUGAAGACUUGGUGCUGAAGAUAGGUGACUUUGGUCUUGCGCGGAUCAUGGAUCCCCAUUAUUCC